AUGGACAAGGUGCUUCCGUUAUUGCAUUUUGGCUGUGGCGAGCUAUUGUUGCCUCGUAGCCGCCCCAGCCAUCCGCGACAGAGUCGGGCAAACGUCGUUUACGUUUCGAGGCGCCGUCCAGGGUACGCGAGGGAGGCAGGCGGGCGGACGGGGGGUCGAGAGGCUGUUUCGUUUCACACGGGCAGGCGGUUCGGCAUCCGGGCUGCAGUCUCAGUAGGCACGGGCUGUGCAACGGCCCGCGAGCCGAGCGAGCGACCUGGGCCGGCGGCGUGGCGCACACGGGCGCACAGACACAGACACGGAGCGGGGAUAGAUGGGACAGACGGCUGA